UGAGGUUGGGGAAAUUUUUUUUCCUCUCUUUCCCAAUUUUUCUGUAAUGAAUAUGUUUUGCUUUCAUAAUGAGGAAAUUAAAAUUAUAAAUUUUUCAUCAAAAAAGGAGUUAAAGGCUCAGAGCAAACUUGAAGGUUAAUUUGGUGGGAUAGUAUGGAGGAGAGAGUCCAGAUGAUGGGAGACCAGUUUGGAGGCUACCAAAAUAUUGUACUCCAGGAACAAUAUAAUAAAAUCCACGAGAGUGAUAGCUGUGGUAAUGAAAGUAAUAGAGACUUAGGGAACAAUAACCCUAAGUGUAUAGGAGUAGAAAAGAUGGGAAGGAGAGCAGGGUGUGGUGGCUCAUGCCUAUAAUCCCAGCACUUUGGGAGGCCGAGGGUGGGCAGAUCACCUGAGGUCAGGAGUUUGAGACCCGCAUGGCCAACAUGGUGAAACCCCAUCUGUACUAAAAAUAUAAAAUUUGCCUUGUGUGGUGGCAUGUGCUUGUAAUCCCAGCUACUCGGGAGGCUGAGGCAGGAGAAUCACUUGGACCCGGGAGGCAGAGGUUGCAGUGAGCCAAGAUCACACCAUUGCACUCCAGCCUGGACAAAAAGACUGAAACUUCACUCAAAAAAAUAAAUAAAUAAAAGAUGGAGGGGAGGAGUAAAGAAAAUCCUUAAGAUUUCUAGCCUAGGUCCUAGAAUGAUAAUAUAGUAUGUUAGAGAAGAAUACCCGAUAAAAAGCUAAUUUGGGAAGGUAAGAUGCAUAGGUAAGCUGACUUUGGGUUGUGCCUGAGACUGGUUCAGAAAGGUUAGGGCUUAGGAUAAAGUCUAGGUAGUUAGCUGUCUGGAAUUGAUGAUCGGACCUCUGCUGGAACCUCUGUAGGAUGAGUUCAUUAUCAGAAGAGGUUUGAAGAGCUACAAAAAUACAACGGGAAGGUAUUACACUACCUGCGAAACUCUGGAUUGUAGGUUACAAAGGGCUAUAAUUUGAGUAAAUAGAAAUUAAUUUCAGAGAGUCCUCACUGUGGUGAAUAUAAGCAGUUUUAUGCUGUCGAACUGUAACAAGUUAAAUAUAUUACCUAUGAUAUUUGAUGUUGGAGUUUGAUAUAUACUGUUGAUUAAAAAUCCCUUAUAAGAUCAUCCAUUUCUCUCCUAAUCAUUUUAGCUUUUUGUUUAAUAAAUGCUUCAGUGAUAUACUAAUUCUACAUAAAAUUAGCUUUCAAUAAGUCAAAUAUAGUUAUUUAACUUUAGAGAUUUGCUGAAGGGAAUUUUUAAAAUGCAUGCUCAGUCAUAGGUAUGAAAAGUAUGAAGAGCUUGAAUGGCUUUCUUUGAACAAAUUAAAUUUUUUAUUGUCUUUUUGCACUGAAGAAUGAUAAAAAAGCUUUUAGAAUAUUUGUAAAUACAUCUGUCUUUAAAAAUGAAAAUAGUAUACUUGGUGUUUAAAAAGCCAUUUCAUUGGGCCGGGCACGGUGUCUCACGCCUGUGAUCCCAGCACUUUGGGAGGCCGAGGCAGGCAGAUCACGAGGUCAGGAGAUCGAGACCAUCCUGGCUAACAUGGUGAAACCCUGUCUCUACCAAAAAUAGAAAAAAAUUAGCUGGGUGUGGUGGUGGGCGCCUGUAGUCCCAGCUACUUGGGAGGCUGAGGCAGGAGAAUGGUGUGAACCCGGGAGGCAGAGCUUGCAGUGAGCCUAGAUCACACGACUGCACUCCAGCCUGGGCAACAGAGCAAGACUCCAUCUCAAAAAAAAAAAAAAGCCAUUUCAUUGACAAGUCACACUGGAGAAAAAAGAAGAAGAAAAAAAAGCCAUUUGAUAGCUACUAAUUUGAAUUUGGAGUAUGAAACAUUUUUUAAAUGCGUGAGAAUUACAGCACAGAUAGUUUUAAUCCUUAUAGAUUUCAUUCCAAGCAUCCUAUUUGUAAGGUGGUAUUAUAUUGCUACAGGUAAUAUUUUGUCAGAAUCUGCAUGAGGGAUAUAAAAAUGUUUUGUCAGGUAAUACCUCUUUAAAAUGAAUAUACUGCCAGAAAUCACACAUCCAAUCUGCUGAUGCCAGAGCUAAUGCAUAGCUUCACAGCGGUGGAUUAGCAAAUGAAAAGAGGUGCUCUGAACCCAGUAGAGGAAUAUAGGAAGUGUCCAUCCUCCUUUCUUUCCUCCAAGCUCUUAGAUCUUUGUGUGAUGAGGCCCCUUUGGGGAUACCCUAGUUACUGUCUGAGUUACUGGAGAUCUCCGGGAACAGAAGCCUGGCUCUGUAGCUCCUGCUUUCUGCCGUGCCCUUGCCUCUGUUGUCUACCCCUUACUGAUUUCUUUCAUAAGUAGACAGGGUAAGUGGGCCCCCUGCCCUAAAAUAUUAAUCUCGUGAUCUGUCAUUCCACUAUUCUGGUUUCACAUCUAUUUUUAAAAAGAUUUUAUCUUUGAGAGACCCCCUUUUAAAAUGCAAAUUCCCCUGGGAGAGGUCAGACCUUAGUUCUUAGCUAACAUCUUGAUUAUCUGUUAGCACCUUACUUGGGCUUAGUACACAUUUGGCUGAGAAGAAGGAAUCCCUGGCUAAAAGCGAUCAACUAGAAGGAAACUAGCAUUUAUAAUAAUAAUUUAUUAUUAUUUUAUUAUUUUAUUGGCAGCUAAGAUGUACUGAGGGCCAUAUUAUUAAGUGCCAGGAGUUCUAAGUUAAUUCCCUCGACAACCCUAUUGGUAUUAUUACCACUGUUACUUUACAGAUAAGAAAACUGAGGUAUGUAGCACAUAAUUUAUGGUCACAUAGUAAAUCCUGUCAAGGAUUUAGAUUCCAGGGUGUGCUUACUAACCAUUUUACUGUAAUCCCUCUCUUCCACCGUGAUGUCUCUCAGAUAGAUGACAUCUAAUCAAGAUUUCACCCUUUUCACAAUUUUGUAUCAAAUAGAAUGAUGUGUUUAAUUAUAGAUGCCACUUCCCUUUGAAGGUCAAGUACUUUGUUAUUAUCUAAAUAGAUUUUUUAGCAACAGCUUCAAUGAAACAGGUACUGUUUUUGUAUUCAAGGGAAUUUAUUUGCAGAGUAGAGAAAGGAGUAAAAAGGCUAGUGUACAAUUUAGCACAUACUUAACACUAUCUGAGCUGUUUUUAUUUAAAACAUGUUAUUUUUACAAUUUCAAAAGUAUAGAUUAAUAAAGAAAGUACAGUAAUUUGCAGUCCCAUUACCCAGAGAUAACCUCAGAAUAAAUGUAUUCUCACCAGGCUUUUUUCUGUUGAGACUUUUCUGAAAGUGUUAACUCAUUCUAUGUCUUUAAAAUUUUGGAAUGAAAUGAUCUUUUUUGCUGGCAUUUCCUUCUUUAUCUCUGCAAGGAUGUGGAACUAAUAAUUAUUUUCGGCCUGGCAUGGCGGCUCACGCCUGUAAUCUCAGCACUUUGGGAGGCCAAGGCAGGCAGAUCACCAGGUCAGGAGCUCAAGACCAGCCUGACCAACAUGGUGAAACCCCGUCUCUACUAAAAAUACAAAAAUUAGCUGGACAUGGUGACGUGUGCCUGUAAUCCCAGCUACUCAGGAGGCUGAGGCAGGAGAAUGGCUUGAACCCAGGAGGUGAAGGUUGCAGUGAGCCAAGAUUGCACCACUGCACUCCAGCCUGGGCGACAGAGUGAGGCUCUGUCUCAAAAAAUAAAAUAAUAUAAAAAUUAUUUUCUAUGAUUUGCCAGAAACAUGUUUAACUAAAUUUUCUCUGUAUUCUUUAUUUUAUCAUCUUGAAUAAAAGGUAAUACAGAGCCCUAGAUUCUUCCCUUAACCUCCAAAUUGAGUAAGUUCUCUCAACCAAUGUUUGUUAAGCACUAAUUCUACCUCUGCCCCCUUCUUCAAAACUGCUAUUCUCCUGCAGCUUUAAUUUCCUUAUAAUUUCUGGACUGCUAGUCUCUCUUAAUCACUCGUCCCUUCUCCAGAGCUCUUUGUAAUUCAGAUCCCUCUGUAACCCACAGAUCUGAUCAUAUCAUUCUCCUCUACAGAUUUCUUCAGUGGCUCUAUGUUGCUCAUAGGCCCUAGAAGCAAGCUUGGGGAUGAUUGGGGCAAGUAAUUCUCUGAGUCCCAGGUACCAGCGAGUGGCCUUAGAAGGGGAGUUACUGGUGUGUGCAGACUUCAAGUGGCCACAAUGCCCUUAGCCUUGCUGACUACACAUUAAUAGAGGAGGGCCACAGCAAGGAUCCCCUAAAGUGGUUGUUUAGGUCUAGAUGCAGACCAUGCUACUGUGCGUUGAGAGUAGACUGUUGGUGGCAGUAAGGCCAGAAGUGGAGAGACCAUCUGGGAGACUUACUGCAGUAAUCCAGGUAAGACUUGAUUGUAGCUUGGAUCAGGCUGGUGGCAGUAGAGGCACUAAGUCAGAUCGUCAGUAUAUUUUGAAGGUAGAGUCAACCAUUUUCCCUGAAGGAUUGAUUUAGAGAGAGAGUGUCACGGAUGACCGUAAAGUUUCUUGCCUCAUACAGAAAGAUAUGGGAUAGUGGAAGAUAUUAAUCACUGAUGUCUCAAUUUUGCCAUUAGCAACUGUUGGCAAAUCCUAGGUCUUCUAAUAAAGUACCAUAUUUGACCAGAUUUUAAACCUCUGGGAAUUUUUAGAGAAGUAAAUUUAAAAUGUGCACUUAAAACGUGUGAAAUGGGGGCUGGGCACGGUGGCUCAUGCCUGUAAUCCUAGCACUUUGGGAGGCUUAGGAGGGUGGAUCACUUGAGGCCAGGAGUUCGAGACCAGCCUAGGCAUCAUGGUGAAACUAUUUCUCUACCCAAAAUACAAAAAUUAGCCAGGCAUAAUGGCACAUGCCUGUGGUCUCAGCUACCAAGGACGCUGAGGUGGGAGAAUCGCUUGAACCUGGGAGGUGGAGGUUACAGUGAGCUGAGACUGCACCACUGCAGGCCAGCCUAGGUGACAGAACAAGACCCUGUCUCAAAAAAAAAAAAGAAAAGAAAAGAAAGAAAGAAACACGUGAACAUGUGAGAGCUGGGACUGGUCAGUACCUGAUACCUAAAAAUUAAGGAACGAAUAUGAGAUUUUACAAAAAGGUGGGAAGGAACCAAAAAUCAACUGCUUUUGCAGUUUUCCUAAGGCCUGGAGGUGGCACUUGCAGGUACCAUUGAAAUUCACAGUUUCAGCUGCCCUAAAAAUUUAAUUCUUUGGUCAUGAUACAUAGGGUGUUUUUAGUGUUCCGUAACUAGGUCUCCACCCAAACCCUGAAAUUUGUCUUUGAUUUGUAUUAAAUCAGUGAAAAAAGUGUUUUGUGAUCAUGACUUUUUAAAUAAGAUUUCUGUUCAUUACAUGUAAAUAACUUACAGCAGAAGUGCUCCUGACUUUAACUGAUAAAGGAACAAGUUCUGUGUCAAAAAUCACAUAAGCUUUUUUUAAAAAAUAAGCUUAUAAUUUCAGGUAGGUUUAGGCCUGCUAGAAUGUAACAAAAGCUAAUUGCCACCCACUUCAUGUUCUUUCUUUUUCUCUCUUUAUUUCCUUGUACGUUCCUGAGAAUAUUCAAAUACAAAAGCACAUUCUCCUCUUCUGUCUUUCUUUCCCUAAAGCCAACUGUCAAGUCUAUUCGGCCUCAGAGUAUGUUAUAGAGCCAUGAAUUAAAGUUUUCAGAUGCUUCAAGUGUUGUGAACAGAGACUUGUUUGGAUUAUGCGUUUCUCAGCUAGACUAAAUAAAUGCUAGCAAUGGAUAAGUGCAAACAUGUUGGGGAGCUGCAGCUUGCUCAAGACCAUUCCAGCCUCAACCCUCAGAAAUGGCACUGUGUGGACUGCAACACAACUGAGUCCAUUUGGGCUUGCCUUAGCUGCUCCCAUGUUGCCUGUGGAAGAUAUAUCAAAGAGCAUGCACUCAAGCACUUUCAAGAAAGCAGUCAUCCUGUUGCAUUGGAGGUGAAUGAGAUGUAUGUUUUUUGUUACCUUUGUGAUGAUUAUGUUCUGAAUGAUAAUGCAACUGGAGACCUGAAGUUACUACGAAGUACAUUAAGUGCCAUCAAAAGUCAAAAUUAUCACUGCACAACUCAUAGUGGGAGGUUUGUACGGUCCAUGGGUACAAGUGAUUAUUCUUAUUUCUUACAUGACAGUGCCCAAUCUCUGCUUCAAAAUGAAGAUCAAAUGUAUACUGCUCUUUGGCACAGGAGAAGAAUACUAAUGGGUAAAAUCUUUCGAACAUGGUUUGAACAAUCACCCAUUGGAAGAAAAAAGCAAGAAGAACCAUUUCAGGAAAAAAUAGUAGUAAAAAGAGAAGUAAAGAAAAGACGGCAAGAAUUGGAGUAUCAAGUUAAAGCAGAAUUGGAAAGUAUGCCUCCAAGAAAGAGUUUACGUUUACAAGGGCUCGCUCAGUCGACCAUAAUAGAAAUAGUCUCUGUUCAGGUGCCAGCACAAACGCCAUCAUCACCUGCAAAAGAUAAAGUACUCUCUACCUCGGAAAAUGAAAGAUCUCAAAAAGUCAGUGACUCCUCAGUUAAGCGAAGGCCAAUAGUAACUCCUGGUGUAACCGGAUUGAGAAAUUUGGGAAAUACUUGCUAUAUGAAUUCUGUUCUUCAGGUGUUGAGUCAUUUACUUAUUUUUCGACAAUGUUUUUUAAAGCUUGAUCUGAACCAAUGGCUGGCUAUGACUGCUAACGAAAAGACAAGAUCUUCUUGUAAGCAUCCACCAGUCACAGAUACGGUAGUAUAUCAAAUGAAUGAAUGUCAGGAAAAAGAUACAGGUUUUGUUCGCUCCAGACAAUCAAGUCUGUCAUCAGGACUAAGUGGUGGAGCAUCAAAAAGUAGAAAGAUGGAACUUAUUCAGCCAAAGGAGCCAACUUCACAGUACAUUUCUCUUUGUCAUGAAUUGCAUACUUUGUUCCAAGUCAUGUGGUCUGGAAAGUGGGCGUUGGUCUCACCAUUUGCUAUGCUACACUCAGUGUGGAGACUCAUUCCUGCCUUUCGUGGUUAUGCCCAACAAGACGCUCAGGAAUUUCUUUGUGAACUUUUAGAUAAAAUACAACGUGAAUUAGAGAUAACUGGUACCAGUUUACCAGCUCUUAUCCCCACUUCUCAAAGGAAACUCAUCAAACAAGUUCUGAAUGUUGUAAAUAACAUUUUUCACGGACAACUUCUUAGUCAGGUUACAUGUCUUGCAUGUGACAACAAAUCAAAUACCAUAGAACCUUUCUGGGACUUGUCAUUGGAGUUUCCAGAAAGAUAUCAAUGCAGUGGAAAAGAUAUUGCUUCCCAGCCAUGUCUGGUUACUGAAAUGUUGGCCAAAUUUACAGAAACUGAAGCUUUAGGAGGAAAAAUCUACGUAUGUGACCAGUGUAACUCAAAGCGUAGAAGGUUUUCCUCCAAACCAGUUGUACUCACAGAAGCCCAGAAACAACUUAUGAUAUGCCACCUACCUCAGGUUCUCAGACUGCACCUCAAACGAUUCAGGUGGUCAGGACGUAAUAACCGAGAGAAGAUUGGUGUUCACGUCGGCUUUGAGGAAAUGUUAAACAUGGAGCCCUAUUGCUGCAGGGAGACCCUGAAAUCCCUCAGACCAGAAUGCUUUAUCUAUGACUUGUCUGCGGUGGUGAUGCACCAUGGGAAAGGAUUUGGCUCAGGGCACUACACUGCCUACUGCUAUAAUUCUGAAGGAGGGUUCUGGGUACACUGCAAUGAUUCCAAGCUAAGCAUGUGCACCAUGGAUGAAGUAUGCAAGGCUCAAGCUUAUAUCUUGUUUUAUACCCAACGAGUUACUGAGAAUGGACAUGCUAAACUUUUGCCUCCAGAGCUCCUGUUGGGGAGCCAACAUCCCAAUGAAGAUGCUGAUACCUCGUCUAAUGAAAUCCUUAGCUGAUCCAAAGACAAUGGGGUUUUCUUCCUAUGAUUUAUAUAUGCUUUUUAAAAGACUGAUGUACCAUUUUAAACUUCAUUGUUGUUUUCUUGUGAAUCAGUGUACACUACAUUUAUACAUUUUAUAUCUAGCUACAAUUUUUUUUUUUUUUUUUUUUUUUUACAAAGUAUAAAUGUGUGUAUCAACUGAAGGUAACUACUUUCUUCAAAUAUUUGGAGUUUUAAACUUUGGUGUUUACCUCAGACUGUUACCUCUUUUAUAUUUUUAUGUCUUAAUUGGCUCAGAUCAUGAACUUGUGCAAUCUUCUACCAACAAAGUUCAAGUGGCAUCAUUUUAUAUACAUGUAUCUUUUUCAGGUGUUUUCUAUACAAAUUCUUAAUAGAUGAAAAUAUUAGACUCUACUUUGGUCACUAAUAGUCUUUCAUUUGUAUAUUGAAGUUACCUUGCCCCUUGGAGUUACUGAAGUGACAUGUCAAGGUAUCACCUAAAUAUUCUUCAGUCACACUCACUGGUAUUUCUGAGGCUUUGUGUGUUAACAGGCCUUGUAAUAGACAUUAUUUUGGUUAAUGUAACCCCAAAAUUGUUUUAGUAAUUGCUAUUUGGCAUAGUCAAACUAUAAAUGAAAAUGGCAGCUUUACAAAUAAUAGUAUAUUUAAGUGAACUCUGGAACUAUGGACAUGAAAAAAUGAUGGCUGGGAUUUAUGAUUUUUGUCUGGCAGCAAACAGGUUUGUCCAGAAGUCUAAUAAUUAAGCAGUCAUAAAAAGUCUGAAUUUAGCAAACCAGUAUAUGAUGUUAUUCAAAUCGUUUACCUUGGGUAUGAGUUCAUUUUAUAAUGUCUGAUGACAUUAGAUCUCUUAAAACUUUAUAUAUAUUUUUUAGUUCAAAGGAAUAAAGAGUCUUGAAGAGAAAAAAUUAUAGGGCAGAAAAGGUAAGUGUUCAAAAUUGGCAACCGGACUAUUAUGUCUAGCAUCUCAUUCUCCUAAAUAACUAAAGCUUGAUUUACUCUUGCUAGGAUUAUGUGACUGCUAGUUAGGAGCCUCUUAAAACACUGGCCCUGAGCAUUAAAAAAAAAAAAAAAAAAUUAAAAGCUAUCUAAACUUGCAAAAAAAAAAAUAUAUACAGUGUGAGUCACUCUUUUUGUUCUUCUCUGAUAAUCUCACUGGAUUUCUUUAAAGUCCUGUUGCUGCUAACUUUAUCUUAUUCGGAGAGGGUAGAAUCAACUAAUCUCUGUAGACCAGCUAUGUAAGCUUUGUUAACCACAGGAAGAUCAUGUAUCCUUUUUUAAUAAGUGGGUUUAUUUGCAGGUUGAAGUCAUAUUGAAAGAUAAUAUUCUGUCAAAUGCUGUUCACCACUAGUGAUCAUCUGUAAGUACAAACUUGAAAGAGAUCUCUACUAGUAAAUUUUCUUAAAUUUCACAAAACAAGUCAUCUGGGUUAGCUGAUAGUGAAAUGCAAUGAGACUUUUAUCACUGAACAGACAAAUCAUUUGUGCCAAAAAUACAUCUGGAAUAUUAAAUGGCUAUGUUUAAAAUUGUUCAUGAUACCUAUGCAAGUUGUUACCUCAACUGUUACGCACUCAAUACCUCAUUAAAAAUUUACGUGGUCAAGA